AAAGUUCGAAAUCAACUUACUGGAAAAAUGGCUCAAGGAAUGGUUUUUGAAGAUAUAUUCAAUGUGAAAGAUAUAGAUCCAAAUGGCAAACAAUUUGAUCGAGUGAGCCGCCUGCAUUGCGAGAGCGAAUCGUUCAAGAUGGAAUUGAUCUUGGAUAUCAAUUCGUGGAUUUAUCCUAUGGAUUUGGGUGACAAAUUCCGACUGGUGUUGGCCACCACGUUGCGCGAAGAUGGACAGCCUGACGCUGGCGAUUGGAACCCCAUAGAAAUGGAUCAGAAUGGCUGCCGGGCCGACAGUUUCGAGUAUGUCAUGUACGGCAAGAUUUAUCGAAUCGAAGGCGACGAUAAGGUGAAGGAGUCGCACAAGAACAAACUGUGAGUACCUACACCAUAUUGUGCUCAACACUCGUUGAAUAAUACAAUAUUAUUACAAUAAUAAUAUGAUGAUGAUAAUAAUAUCAUAAUAGGCCAAACACGAACUCGUGUCGAGUGUGAGGGGACGGUGAUAAAUCUCGAUUUCGAACAUCGCCAAUGGAGGUGGUUGUGGACGUUGUGGUAUGGACGGUGGGGUCUAUUCGAGAUUUUUCUCACAUGAGUCUUUAUAACUAUCGCUUAUAACAUUGCUAUUUCGACAAAAACAAAACACUUCACGUACCCGUUCGUAACGUCGUGCGCAAUAAAAACGACUAUAUAUUAUAGAAACGAUAUUGUAAUUUGUCUAUUGCGUUGUCUAAGACGUCGCCCACCCGCAUCCCACCAUCCAUCACCACCGCCACCUCCUCAAUGUUGCAGAGUAUAUAGGUCCGUAGUAGAGUGUAAUUUAGUUUUUCGAAUGUAUAUUUGUUUUUUUUUUAUAUAUAUAUAUUUAUCUAAUUAUUCAUAAGGCGAUAGUCGGCGUUUUUUGUACGGUACACGCAGCGCGAUCUAUGGGUAAAAGACGCCGCGUGUUACCUACACACGUCGCCGACAGAUCGCGCCACCGGUAUACGGAAUCGAAUUAUUUUGCGGACACCGUCGCUGAAGCCUCCAAGCAGAGAG